AUGACUAAAUAUUCAGAAGGAUAUCCUAAUAAGCGUUAUUAUCAAGGUUGUAAAUAUAUUGAUGAGAUUGAGAAGUUGGCUGUUAAAUUGGCCAAAAAGUUGUUCAAGGUCGAUUAUGCUAAUGUACAGCCUCAUUCUGGAUCCCAGGCUAAUCAAGUUGUUUACUUAGCCUUACUGAGACCGAAUGACAAAAUAUUAUCGCUUGAUUUAUUAGCUGGCGGACACUUAAGUCACGGGGCUAAGGUAAAUUUUGGAGGAAUUUUUUAUUUGGUUUAUUAUUAUAACUUAGAUCCAAUCACUCAGCAAUUAGAUUACGAAGAGAUUAGAAAAAAGGCUCAAGAGGUAAAGCCAAAAUUGAUUAUUGCCGGUUAUAGUAGUUAUAGUCUAAAAGUUAAUUUUGGCAAAUUUCGAGAAAUAGCCAAUGAAGUGGGUGCUUUUUUGUUAGUUGACAUUGCUCAUAUAGCUGGUUUAAUAGCAACCGAGUUGUUUCCUAACCCUUUUCCUCAUGCUGAUGUAGUUACUUUUACUACUCAUAAGACUUUGCGUGGUCCGCGGGGCGGAGUAAUUUUGGCUAAAAAAGAAUUAGCAGAAAAAAUAGAUAGGGCGCUUUUUCCUGGUUUUCAGGGAGGAGCCAACCAGGCGAUUAUCGCUGCUAAGUCCCAGUGUUUUUAUGAAGCUUCUCAGCCGGAAUUUAAAGAAUACCAAGAAAGAGUAUUAGAAAAUGCCAGAACUAUGGCUAAUUAUUUUUUAGAAAAGGGGGUUAAGGUAAUUAGUGGAGGCACAGAGACGCACCUGCUAGUUAUUGACACUAAAAGUAGUUAUGGUUUAAACGGAAAAAAGGCAGCGGAAUUAUUAGAAGAAGUAAAUAUAAUUUGUAGUAAGCAAAUGAUACCGUAUGAUGAAGAAAAGCCCUGA